UUAAGAAGAACUGUAGAUAAAUUCGCCAAGUUGAAUCCACGGUCAAAACACCCUUAUCAAGGCUUUAAUUUUGUAAGAAAUGGUGGUCAAAGUUUAGAGCAAGUUCCAAUCUUUUCCGUUGAUACCACAGCUCUCAGAGCUGCAUAGCUUUACAGUAAGGCGAGCUUGGUUUCAUCAUAUACUGUCUAUUUUCCAAAUGGCCUUUUACACAAAGGGAGACCAUGUGUGGCUUGCCAUUAAAGACGUAAAGGACUUUAAUGUUCCUAUCGGGGCAGUGGUGAAAUCAAGGGAUGGACUUGGAAUGUUGCUCACAGAUGAACAAGGAGAGGAACGAUUUGUGAGCGGAUCCUCGUUGAAUGAUGUGGAGUCAAUGCAUCCAAGCUGUAUCUGUGGAGUGGAUGAUAUGAUUCAACUCGGAGAGCUCACUGAAGCAGCAAUACUGAGGAAUCUGUUUAUCAGAUAUCAUAGCCACAAAAUUUACACGCAUAUAGGCAUGGUACUCGUAGCAGUGAAUCCAUAUCAGUUGUACCAGAUAUAUGGUCCUCAACAGAUUGAUAUGUACAGUCAACAAACAGAUAUCACAGAGCUGCCGCCUCAUGUAUUCUCCACAGCUCAGCAUGCGUUUAUCUCCAUGAAGAGAAGACUUCACAACCAUAGUAUAAUUAUAAGUGGUGAAAGUGGCGCGGGCAAAACUGAAUCUACCAAGCUAAUCCUUCGUUACCUGACAGUUGUGGGCGGCCAACACACGACGCUGGAUCAACAGAUAUUGGGCGCGAAUCCAAUCUUAGAAGCUUUUGGUAACGCAAAGACGGUGAAAAACGAUAACUCCAGUCGGUUUGGAAAGUAAAUCAAUAUUUAUUUCAAUAGACAUGCUGUUAUUGAAGGAGCGAGAAUUGAACAGUACCUCUUGGAAAAAUCGAGGAUUGUUAAUCAGAUGCCCGAUGAACGAAACUAUCACAUUUUCUAUCGUCUGCUGGCCGGACUGACUGAUAUGGAAAAACAAAAGCUUCAUCUCACGGAAGCAAAAGAUUAUCACUACCUCUCCCAGGGAAACUGUUUUGUUUGCGAGGGAAUGGAUGAUGCUCAAGAGUUUGUGAACAUCGGGCGAGCAAUGAAGGUUUUGAUGUUUUCCGAAGAAGAACAGUGGAUAAUAUUCACUAUCUUGGCUGCCAUUUUACACCUUGGGAAUAUACGCUUUCAAGCUUUGAUCCAGGAUAAUAUGGAAGCCUGCGCGAUUUUAAAUAAUGACGCAGUCGAGUCAAUAGCGGAAUUAUUACAGAUUCCUUCAGAGCGAAUUCACGAGGCAUUUACCAGUAAAUCGACUUAUGCUUCAGGAGAGCUGAUCUACUCUCCAAUCGCAGAGGAAAGUGCAAAACACAUUAGGGAUGCAUUUGUGAAAGGAAUGUAUGGCCGACUUUUCAUCUGGAUUGUUAGCAAAAUUAACGCCUCCAUAAGUAAACCUGCGGUGGAUUCGAAAGGUUGUACUUCUCUUGGUGUUCUCGACAUCUUUGGAUUUGAAAACUUUGACGUUAACAGUUUUGAACAACUGUGCAUUAAUUACGCAAACGAGAAACUUCACAGUUUUUUCGUUGACCACGUGUUUAAAAUGGAGCAGGCUGAGUACAGCCGGGAGGGCCUAGAAUGGAGUUCUGUGGACUUUGUGGAUAACCAAGAAGUCGUAGAUACUCUGGCAAAGAAACCGCUGAACUGUUUUGCGCUCAUGGACGAGGAGAGUAGAUUCCCUCAGGGAAGUGACGAAUCAUUUCUGCAAAAAAUCACUUCCCAGCACGGUAACAGCAGUUGUUUUGUGAAGUCUAAGUCGCUUUCGAGGGCGUCAUUUGGUGUGGUGCACUUCGCGGGAACAAUUGAGUAUAACGUCAGAGGCAUUCUGGACAAGAACAGAGAUACGUUCAGCGCAGACCUUGUUGGACUUAUUUGUGAGAGUAAAAUGGAUUUCCUUUUUAACAUGUUUGCCAAAGAGAUGUCAAUGGGUGAAGAGACAAGAAAGAGAUCACCAACACUGAGCGCACAGUUUAGGAGAUCUCUUGAUGUGUUAAUGAAGAUGUUGUUGAGCUGUGAGCCUUCUUUUGUACGCUGCAUCAAACCUAAUGAGUUUAAAAAACCCAUGAUAUUUGAUCGAUACCUGUGCUGGCAACAGCUCAAAUAUUCAGGAAUGCUAGAGACUGUGAAGAUUCGCAAAGCUGGAUUUGCGAUUCGGUACACUUUUAAAGAAUUUGUAAACAGAUAUCACAUCAUCAUGAAAGAGUUAAAGAUACCCCGGAUGAACCAACGUGAAAUGUCUGAGGCUCUGGCUAAACAGCUCCUUUUGGAUGUGGAAUGGACGAUUGGGCGUAGAAUUAUAUUUUUGAAGGAUCACCAUGGAGAUAUACUUGAACAAGCCCGCGAUCAACUGCUUACGAACGCAGUGGUUGUCCUUCAAAGAGCAAUGAAGGGAUUUCUAGGUCGCAAAAAGCGUCGAAAACAGGAAUGCGCAGCUGUGUUGAUCCAAAAGACAUGGAAGGGAUACCUUGAUAGGAGAGAAUACCUUCAGGUUUUGAAAGGAGUAACAAGACUCCAGGCUAUUAUCAAAUCUCACUUGUUAUCACAAAAGUUCAAGCGCGUGCGCGAAGAAAAGCGGAGAGCCGAACAAGAAAAGGAGCGAAGACUGGAGAGAGAAAAACAACAAAAAGAGGACGAGGCUAAGUUAAAGGCUCAAGAAGAUGCAGCGGCUCAAAUUCAGAAGAUGUUCAGUUUUAUAACCGACGAAGAAGAAACUGAAACCGCUGAGACAGCUGAACAAAAGAUUUCAAUAUUUGGACGCAAUAACGAGCAAGAACAGAGAGGGGAUUAUUCAUCGUCGUUAGUGUCAUUGGGAGCAAGCGUUGUGGACGGCACGAGCUCACGGAGCUCACAAUUUAACAGAUCAGGUAUAAUGAGUUACAGUCCCAGAAUGUUAAAUGGGUUCGGCCGGAUAACUCAGUCCCGUUCGUCUGAUCUUGCCCUAACUCUGACAGCUCUUAUACUCGGAUUAGCAUGUCAACAGGGAUCAAGCAGUGAGGACGAAGAAACUCGAUCACGUGAUGAGCACGACUCCGAAACAUCACCUAGGGCACCAGAAUUUGUGUCUCCUCUGCGCUCUCCGCCAAAAGGACCACAAGGUUCCAUGCGGUGGCGCGCGGAACAAUCGUGACUUCAAGCAGGACAGGAAACGGCCAAUGCUGCCGUAACUGCAUCGCUGCUUUCCGUGAUAGUAGUUGUUGAUCUCCUCUAGAAUGACUUUACAAAGUUCAAGAAAAACUGGGCAAACCAGUCAACCGCACACACACAGCAGUCAUUAAAACCACACCCAUCAAAAGAAAAGUGGAAGUUGGACAAUGAGCAAACAGGCAAUAAGAUAGGUUGGAAAGGUAGAAGUUGAACAAUGAGAAAGCAGUCAGUAGAAAAGGUUCAGUGGCUUUCGUUGAACUCUCAGGAAGGCUUAACUACGGAGAAAUUUAUAUCUCCUUUAAUGGUUUUCAAAGAAAUAAAUGACUCGUCGUUGACCGCUAGGGUGUCGAUUCCAAAGUGCCAUUUCGGCUGUCAUUUCGUUUCAAUAAACAUUGUAAAUAGAAUCCUCCCUAAGCGCGGGUAACCUCACCAUUUCGACUACUGACUACUGUGUCUUGGAUAACUUUGUAAAAGUGUGUUAAAUUUAAAGUAAUUGUUCCCUAGUUGUUAAAAAUGACCGGAGAGUAUCGAGAAUUAUUAUGGGGCGAAAAUAAUGGAAUCAUGAACAGAGAUCGUGAAAAUUAACCAGCGACUUGAUAACAACGCGAGGGUUAAAGCGGAAAAAAUCCACGUGACUAAAUCAACACGAUCUUUCAAAAUCCUCGUGAACUUCAUGAAGCGCUCCGCAAAGGGAGUAUGUUUUUUUCUUGUCUUUGUGAAUUAUCAGGUCAGCUGAUAAGCUCCUUGCAGUAUGACCGAUUCUUGAUCGGGUUACACUCUGACUUCAGCAAGAUUACAAGGAUUCACUGCAUAGAUCUGUAUAGAAGGCUUGUUCGAUUUCUUGUGAGAAGCAAUCCUAAACAAUGUGUACCCCACUCCACACUAACAAAACGUGUUUAGUUAAACCUUCUGUUUUAACCGAAUGAAAAUCAGAAACAGAACUGAAAAAUGGAAUUUACUAUAGAGUUCAAGUAGUCAUUCCCAGGUAUUUUCAACGUGCCAAAUUUGACAAAUUUAAACCUUCUUUAACAAAACAACUUUAAAGCACGUUUAAUCAUUUGUGUGAAUGAGAUGUAAGUUUCUUUUUUCUUUUUUUCCUUGCCUCCGACAAAUUUUAUGUGGUACGUCCCUUUUUUUUCGACGAAAACGCUAAAAAUUCCCCCCUCAUUAUAGUUUUUGUCUUUCAUGGCUUAUUUCUCUUACGACGCAGAACGAUUUUGUAAUGAGAUAACUGGUCCAAAAGUUGCAACAUGUCAACCUCGUGUAAGGAAUAAAUGUAAAUUUUGCGGGUUUCAAAAAAUGACGAGGGGAAACGUCAAGACGCAGUAUGAUUUUUGUAUUUAAUAAGUAACACAGCAGGAAAUUUAAAAGUGCGUUUUACCGGCUAAUUAACCCAUUACGCAAGCAAUUGAUGAGUUUUCUUGGUCACCAAAAAAACACAUUAGAAUAGAGUUCUAGGUUCAUGAAAAGCUCUAAAGGUAACAUGACCUCAUAAAAACCGCUUGGGACCAACUUUCACGCUAAAAAUUGAACAAAUUAACCUGUACAACAGAAAUGUCAGCUUCGCAAAUAAAAUAAGCUUCCUAAAUAAAUUGAGCUUCGAAAAUGCAGUUGUUCGCAGAGAAAAGUUAGUCCUUUCAUAACCAGUUGUAUCCUUAAUAGUGAGUGGAACUAAACAUCGAUACAGCCGAAAAGCUGUCGACAAAAGGUGUAGUGGACUCACACCAGAGAGAGCACUUGUUUAUCUGAAAUGAUAAUACAGUACUGUGCAAGGACUAUUUC